AUGGAAUAUUUUCAAAAAACUUCGCCUGAAAAGUUUCGGUUUAUAGACUUUUACAAGUACCGCCAGAGGCAAGAUGAUUUUACCCGAUCUUUUCGAGAAGAGUCUGGCAAUCUCUGGCGUUGUUUGAUGUCACUGGUGAAAGAUGGAACACCUCAGGUCAAAGAGAACGCCACAGAUGUGAGGCUUGCUACUGAAGUCCCGAGAAGGGUUAUUGUGGAAGUAGGAGUCUCAUUUGCAGUCCUGAGAAGGGGUACAUACUCGCACAACUACGGCAGGGGGUUCAACCUGCUUUAUGGUGGUUUCCCGUUACAUCGAACGAAACUUGAGGACGUUCGCAUAUUUUGGCAACAAAUUGAGAAUGAAACGACGAUUGAUGAUGCUGAGGCGGAAGUAGCUUGCAAGUUCAUACGCAGAUCUUCUAAAGUCAUUGAUGUGGCGCUUACCAAUGUCGAGGAGAAGAUGAAACAAAAUCGGAAGCAUGCAGAUAAGGAAGGAGAAUGUUCUACGAGGAGACUCGGAGAUAGUACAUCCGAUGAUUAUGAUAUCAAUUUAAGUGAAACUGACUUCUCUGACAUGAAUCAUGAAGAGAAAGAGGAAUCCAAUAAAAGAAAACAGAGUGAAUCCGAUUAUGAACCAAAUAGCAAUCCUACUUCCUCUGAUUCGGACAAUAAUCUAAAAAAAAAAGUAAGAGUGAGACAUAGAAAUUAUUGCAGUAGUCAAAUUCAGACCAACAAGAAUGAAGAUAAUCCAGCACCUGCAAUAAAUCCUAACAAUGUGAUAAUAUCACAAUAUUUACCAACGUUGGUAAAUCAAGAUCAAUUAUCGACUUUAACAGUCACAAACCCUAUCAUCCAAACCCCGGGGACUCCACCGCCAAGGCCUAAUGUCAAUAAUAUACAGGUUACUCCUCAAAAGUCGGUGCUUUUCAAGGAAUCCGUUACCUAUCUACAAAAUCAUAUAAAUAUAGAUGUAAAUGAUCAAGGAAUGAUCAUAAAAGACAAUCAUACUUCGGAAGAAAUCUCUAGUAUAAUUCGUAAUUGGCUCAUAAUGGCAUUAACAUCACCGAAAGAGGAGUUUGUAAAAGCUAUCAUGUCUCCUUUGAGUUCAGAAGCAAGUCCAAAAGAUCAUGAUUUCCGUCAAAUUUGCGAGUUCAUACUUUAUGAUUUUUAUUUUAUGACAAAGAAAGGUCCAUUAAGAAGAGAUAUCGGUGAGCGUACGUAUAUUGUCGAAAGGAUCGUUCCCCUGUUCAAAGCAAUUCAAUCGGUAUAUAAUGAAUACAAAUUUCAUUGGAUCGAAGUUGAAUCGGAUUGUAUAAGGGAAGUGAAGCAGAUAUUCUCCGAGUUUGAUUUACCUAUAAACCAAGCUGAUGGUCUUGGAAUGCGGAAUUCGAGUAACAAGGCGGUCGUUUUUAUCGAAGUAUUGGGUGGGCCUGAAAACACACACAG